AUGGCCAUGUGCUGGUUGACUUCUAACACAGUGAAUUUCCAUGCUCAUCUUGCAGCCACAAUUUCCAAUAUCCCAAAAAUGAAUCAAAACUUGUUCAUCCUCACUUUCCUCCUAUUCUUAGCAAACCAGCACUUCGUAGCAGCUGUAGAUCAAUACUACAUAGAUUGCAGCGUGGCCGCCAGUACUUGCUCUGAUAACCAAACGAUAAGGUUCCCGUUUUACCUUCGAAACCAACAAAAACCCUACUGUGGGUACCCUGGUUUCGAGGUCUCUUGCGAUGAAUUUGGCCACUCAAUUCUCAAUCUCUCCAUUAACGACCCCUACAUCGUCCGCCAAAUCUCCUAUGAGAACCGUUCUCUUAUCGUCUCAAACGCCGCAAUUUCACACGAUCCAACACCCAAUUGCAUUCCUGCUCUCCAAAAUAUAUCCUUUCCCAAUGAAAGAUUCGAGCUGCCAAAACAAAACCAAGUCUUUUUGCUCGGCAAUUGCCACCCACCUAGAGUUCCAGAGAAGUGCGGAGAUGGGAAAGUUGUGGUGGUGCCGGUGAAAGAUUACGAUAGCGGCGAUGAUGAGAGUGUUGGAAUGAGACAAGUUUUGAGCAGAGGAUUCGACCUCACAUGGAAAACCGACGACUGUAGCAGUUGCCAGAGGAGUGGAGGGUUGCAGGAAUUGGGGCUCCAACUGUGA